UCCGUUUGGUAACCUGGGCUCUGCCUUACCAUGUCCAAACUGAACCGCGCUAAAACUGAACAGCACGUUUCUAAUUUGCUGCACCACAGUUUGGAAAUUAAGAAGCGAAAUUUUGUUGAAACUAUUGAGCUUCAAGUUGGCUUGCGUAACUUUGAUCCUUCUCGUGAUAAGCGUUUUGCAGGAACUGUGCGGUUGCCAUAUGUUCCAAGGCCACAAUUAAAGAUUUGCGUAAUUGCUGAUGAGCAGCACGCUGCUGAGUGCACGAAGCAUGAAGUCCCUUUCGUUACUUCUUCCGAUAUAAAGAAGCUUAACAAAAACAAAAAGGCUGUUAUGCAACUUGUUAAAAAGUUCGAUGCGUUUUUAGCUUCAGAAAGUCUUUUAAAAAUUUUACCCAGGUAUGCGGGCCCUUGGUUUACUAAGGCUAACAAAUUUCCCGCACUUUUGACCCAUAAUGACAACUUGCUAACCAAAAUUGAAGAAAUUAAGGGUACCAUCAAAUUUCAAAUGAAGAAAGUAUUAUGCAUGCAUGUUGCUAUUGGCAACGUUAAUAUGCGUAAAGAAGAGCUUCUUAGAAAUUUAAUUAUGGCCGUCAACACACUUGUAGGUCUUCUUAAGAAAAAUUGGCAGAACGUCAAGGCUAUUUACAUAAAAAGUACGAUGGGUCCCCCUUUCAAACUCUUCUAAGCUUGUCAUUCAUAUAUUAUACAUCGCUUAUUUUGGAAGCGGUUUGCACAGACAUAACUAAAAUAAAUACCAGCGGUGGGUUUUAUUUCA